ACUGCAAAGUUAUUCCGAACCAGUACUUCCGGGUCAUUUUCUAGUUCAAACCAGCAAGUGCCACAUUUCCCUCGUCCAUUUUGACGAAAAUCGGCGAGGAGACAGGAGCAAAAACUUGGACUUCCCAAAAGAGAGCAGGAUGCCGGGAGUAACAGUCAAGGAUGUAGACCAGCAAGUUCUGACAAUGAACUUGGGUGCUUUUUUGAAAAAAUCGGGAAAAAUCGCAGUCCCCGAGCAGGCCGACUACAUAAAAACGGCCAAAUUCAAGGAGACUGGGCCCACCGAUGCCGAUUGGUUCUACAUUCGCUGUGCCUCCAUCAUGAGACACCUGUACCUGCGUAAUCCUUCCGGAGUUGCGGCCUUAACCAAAAUCUAUGGGGGACGCAAGCGCAACGGGGUCCAUCCGUCCAAGUACUGCCGCUCCUCGGACGGCUGCAUUCGCAAGGCCCUUCAAGCCUUAGAAAAUGCCCGCCUGGUGGAGAAGCAUCCGGAUGGUGGACGCAAGUUGACUCCACUUGGCCAACGUGACUUGGAUCGCAUUGCCAACCGUAUUGCGGUUAAGCAACGAGAGGCCAUUACACCACUCUCGAUAAUUGUCACCACAUAAAACCACUUUAACACCUAAUUUAAAGAUUAUUUUUUCGAGAACUUCACAUACAUAGUAGAGAACGACUUUUCUAUUCUUUAAACUUUGCAUUUUGAUAACUUUGAUACUUUCAUAAUAAUAAUAUUUAUACUUAACACACUCGAACACUGUUAAACUGCUCAAACUAUCAACAAGCUCAACAAAAAAUAAUAAUCCUACACUUCCCAAAAAUUCAGCAUACGCUUGCUUAAUUUGAAAUGUAAACACUAUUAUAAAUUAUAAUAAAGAAAGAAAAUAUGCUGGGAAAUAUA